AUGGCGCCCCUGGGCCAGAAAAUGGCGGCCAUAACCAGUGUUGCAUGGCCCCGUGCCCUCCAUGCUGUCUCCUUAGUCCAUUUAGGAAACCGCCACUUUCAGUCUCUGCGGGCAGCGGCGAUGAAGAGCCUUCGUCUUGCUGGCCCAGGUGCCUCGCCAUGGCUUCAGUUUUCCUUGCUCCAGUUUCCCACGGCUGACCCGGGCUUCGCUGCCCUCCAAGCCUCAGUCGUUGAUUUCUGUCGCUUUGGCCAGGCUACUGAUGCUGUGCCAUGCCUCGACAUCCUGGCCAGUGCCGGUGAGCGGCGUGUGCCGGGUCCGCUGGGGGUUCUGGUUGCCAGACUUCACGAAGUUGGGGUCUCUUGGUUCGUUGAAGGCUCGGCCUUUCGUGACAGCUUUGGCGAAUGGUCACCCUGGACCACGCCCCUUUCAGAGAUACGUUUGCGCCUGGUCUCUCAGUGGCAAACUGCCGUGGCCGUGCGAAUGUCUCAUCGCCCAGGGUUCCAAGGCUUAGCCGGUGCUGACCCUGCUCUCACCCGCCGGGUCUUCCUCGAGUUCCCUGCCGAACAGCAGCCUUACCUUCGUGUUGCCCUCAAUGGCACCUUUUACACUCAAGCGGAGUUGCACCACAUUGGUCAGGAAGAGAGUAGCGCGUGUGUGCGCUGUGGCCAGCCGGACAGCAUCCUGCACCGCCUCCUUCACUGCCCCUUCUUUGCGUCUGCCAGGGCCAAGUACCCUCCACCGGCUGGGUCUUCCCAUGAUCUGUUUACGGAUGGUACCUGCAGCAUGCCAGCGUGUCCCGAGCUUCGACUAGCAGCAUGGUCAGUCAUUCUGGCCAACGCCGGAUCUGCCGCAUCGCCAGUUGUCCUUGCAGCUCAACCACUCCCCGGAUUGGUCCAAACCUCUUUUCGAGCUGAGCUAUUUGCCAUGCUUGUGGCACUGACCUUUGCGUCUAGGGUCUCGGUGCCGGUGCGGGUUUGGAGUGACUGCGGCGGGGUGGUUUCUAGGACUAGGUCGCUUUUGAGUGGGUCUCCCCUUGUCCCUGGCUGCAGCAACCAUGACUUGUGGCAACGCAUCCAUGUGCUGUGCCAAACACCUGGGCUAAGCGUCACCGUUCUCAAGGUCCCGUCACACGAAGACGCAACACUGCAUGACGAUCCAGUUGACCAGUGGGCUGUGGAAAUGAAUGCAGUCGCUGACAGGGUGGCUGAUGAAGCCAACCGUGUCAGGGAUGACUCCUUCGUAGCCUCGUGGCAGCAGCUGCGGGAUUGGAUUGAGGCUGAGACAGGCCGAGUUCGACAGGUCAUGAAGUUACAUGUGGAGGUUGCCCUGUUGGCAACGCACACCAAGGCUGCAAAACCUGAACGAGUCGCACACGUUUUCACUUCACCUGACGUGCCGCCGCUUUCUCUUGAUGUCAGCUUGUUGGACGGUAGCAAGCUGUAUUCGAAGUAUGGAAAUGGCUAUGUGCAGUCUUUGCUGCAGUGGACACGCGGGCUCUUUGGAGAGGCAAGCAAGCCAGGCGCCAGAUGCCGGUGGAUUGCUGUUUACCAGCUUUUCUUCUCUUUCGUUAUGCAGACCCGCGUGGUCCCACCAGUCUACAUGACGACAUCCAAGGCAUGGUCCUCCAACCCGCAUGUACAGGUUGCCCUUGUGAGGCGCGUGCAAGGAUUCGGUCGUCAAGUUCGUGAUCUGUGGCAGACGGCGGGUGCUGGAUGGCCAAGCCGUGAAGGCCGCCCCGAAUCUGCUCUGUUGCUCCAGCGUCUUUGUGUUCUACCACUUCGAGUUCCUGACGGCUUCAUCGAGGACAUUGAUCGAUACUUCGCAUCGCACAAGGCCGGACAGUCGCGACACUGGUGGCGUUCGCUUUGCCUCCCCUCCGAGGCGUAG